UGACAUUAAUUAUUAUACAAGCCGGUGUCCGUCCGUGUACACAAAUCACUAGAACCUGUAUCGCCGCGAUGUUAUUUCUAACAGUUUUUUUUAUUUUGUUGUCCCUUUGCAAAAGUGAAAGACCUAACAUCGUAUUCAUUAUAGCUGACGAUUUGGGAUGGAAUGACGUUGGUUUUCACGGACUGAAUCAAAUACCAACUCCGAAUAUGGACGCGUUGGCUUCGUCCGGCAUCAUAUUGCACAACUACUACGUGACCCCCAUAUGCACGCCGUCCAGAUCUGCGAUGAUGACCGGCAAAUAUCCCAUACAUACUGGUAUGCAACACACUGUCAUAUUUGGCGCUGAACCGAGAGGGUUACCGUUGUCUGAGAAAAUUUUACCGCAAUAUCUCAAAGACUUAGGCUAUAAAACCCACCUGGUAGGUAAAUGGCACCUCGGUUCUUAUAAGAGAGAAUACCUGCCGAUGAACAGAGGAUUUGACAGCCACGUCGGAUUUUGGUCAGGAAAGAUAGAUAUGUACGAUCAUACAAAUCAAGAAAAAAAUUACUGGGGAUUUGAUUUCAGAAGAGGUUUUACAAUUGCUCAUGAUUUAUUCGGACACUAUGCAACUGAUAUAUACACAAAUGAAGCUGUUAAGGUUAUUAAUUCUCACAACAAGAGCGAACCACUGUUUCUGAUGGUAUCUCAUUCGGCUGUGCACAGCGGCAACCCCAGCGAGCCGUUAAGAGCACCUGAAGUGUUGCUGUCCAACUUUACACAUAUAAAAGACUUUCAAAGACAAAAAUUUGCAGCUGUAUUAACGAAGUUAGAUGAAUCAGUGGGUGAAGUAGUGGAGGCGCUGCAGUCUCGAGGGCUCUUGGAGAACAGUGUUAUAAUCUUCACCACUGAUAACGGAGGACCGGCAGAAGGAUUCAAUGAUAACAGAGCGUCGAACUAUCCAUUGAGGGGUGUAAAAAAUACACUAUGGGAAGGAGGCGUUAGGGGUGCCGGUUUUCUAUGGAGUCCUCUAAUUGAGAAAAAGUCUCGUAUUGCCAAACAAAUGUUUCAUUUAGUUGACUGGCUACCAACGUUGUUGAACGUUGCGGGAAUGAAUGUCAGCUCACUCCAAGGUUUAGACGGAAUAGAUCAAUGGGAAUCAUUAUCAAAAGAUCUAAAGUCGGAAAGGGUCUCCAUUCUCCACAAUAUCGAUGACACCUACGGAAGUGCCGCAAUUACAGUUGACAAGUGGAAAUUACAUAAGGGUACUAACUACAACGGCGCUUGGGACGGCUGGUACGGACCGAGGGGACGCGAGGGGGACUACGCCUCACGCGCCGUGCAGGACGCGCGCGCCGCACGUGCUCUUAACGAACUUGGACUGAUGCCCGACCUCGACACCAUAUUAAAACUGAGAGAAGAAGCAACCGUGAAAUGCGACACCAGUCGGCACAUAGCCUGUAAUCCCUUGAAAUCUCCUUGUUUAUUCAACAUCGAAGAAGAUCCAUGUGAAAUGAGGAAUCUUGCCGAUGCGGAACCGACAAUUUUAAGAAGCAUGCUAGAAGAAUUAGAGAAAAUGAACAAAACAGCGAUCCCACCAAACAAUAAGCCUUUAGAUCCUCACGGAGAUCCCAAAUUUUGGGGUCGGAUUAUAACGAAUUUCGGAGACUACGAAAAUUUAAACGCAAACACUCUGUGUUAACUAUUUAAAUGAUUUUACCCAAAAUAUUA